AUGGCGGCGGUUGCGGUGGUCGAGGCUCCUGUGCUAUGGCGGCGGCUUCUAGCUUUCUUGCCCCGGGGGAGGCCCGCUUUGACCGCGCUGUUCGGCCGGCUGUCGGACCGCCUCACUCGAGGCCGCGAGCGUCGCGCACGCCGGUCAUCAUGGCUGCUAUUGGCUCCACUGCUGUCUCCUACUGUUCCCCACUUAACAGCCCCACCUUGUUGCCUCUGCCCUGAGGGGUCCCAUAGAUUUCAGUGGAUUAGAAACUUGGUUCCAGAGUUCGGGAUUGCCAGUUCCCAUGUGAAGGUGCUUUCGUCUCCGACUGAAUUCUAUGAACUGAUGAAGGGACAAAUCAAGGCAGCCAAGAAACGAGUGGUCCUAGCUUCGCUCUACCUUGGAACAGGACCUCUGGAGCAGGAACUAGUGGAUUGCAUUGAAACAGCUUUGGAAAGAUCCCUGCAGGCAUGUGAUCCUUCCAGCCUUAGUGUGUCCAUUCUGUUAGACUUCACAAGGGGAUCCCGGGGACAAAAGAACUCUCGGACCAUGCUCCUUCCUAUUUUGAGGAGGUUUCCGGAGCAGGUCCGUGUCUCUCUCUUCCACACUCCUAACUUGCGUGGUCUUCUCCGACUCUUAAUCCCAGAACGAUUCAAUGAGACCAUUGGCCUUCAGCACAUCAAAGUUUAUCUCUUUGAUGAUAACGUGAUCUUGAGUGGAGCCAACUUGAGUGAAUCCUACUUCACCAAUCGUCAGGACCGCUAUGUGUUCCUGCAAGAUUCACCUGAAAUAGCUGACUUCUUCACUGAGCUAGUAGAUGCUGUUGGAGAUGUUUCACUCCAAUUGCAGCAGGACAAUUCUGUCAAAGUUGUGGAUGGGAUGGUCCACCCUUAUCAAGGAGACAAGGUGGCCUACUGUGAAGCAGCAAAUAAAAGAGUGAUGAAAGUGAUCGAUUCUGCAAGGACGCGGCAAGAGUUUCUCCACUCUCAGAAUUUCCACUGCAGCCAUGCCGAAGCCCCCUUGUCCAAAGAACCAAAGGCAGUUGGAGACGGGCAGCCUGAACCAGACACAUGGAUUUAUCCACUAAUACAGAUGAAACCUUUUGGGAUUCAUAUAGAUGAGACUGUCACAGAGACGCUCCUGAUGGAGGCGGAGCAAGGUGCCAGUGUGUAUCUCACCACGGGCUACUUCAAUCUUACCCAAGCCUAUAUGGACCUGAUCCUAGGCACAAGGGCAAAGUAUCAGAUUCUCCUAGCCUCGCCAGAGGUGAAUGGGUUCUUUGGGGCCAAGGGGGUGGCAGGUGCCAUCCCUGCGGCUUACGUUCACAUUGAACAGCAGUUCUUCAGUGAAGUCUGUUUUCUGGGUCAGCAAGAGAGAAUCCGACUGCAGGAAUACUCUAGAAGUGGGUGGACGUUCCAUGCCAAAGGCCUCUGGUUGCACCUGGCAGGAAGCAGUCUACCCUGCUUAACUCUGAUUGGCUCUCCUAAUUUUGGAUACAGGUCAGUUCAUCGGGACCUGGAAGCACAAGUUGCAAUAGUGACAAAAAACAAAUCUCUGCAGCAACAGUUUCAUCAGGAACAGGAGCAGCUUUACCUGCGUUCUGGUACCGUAUCUGCCUUGACGUUUGAGCAGCCCAAUCGCUAUGUCCAGCUGUGGGUAAAGAUGGUGACACCUUUGAUAAAGAACUUCUUCUGAAGGUUGAAAGUCCAGACAUAGGUGGGGCCUCGCAUGCGUGUCUUGUACACAGGACACUCAUACAUGUUCUUGGUAUCCAUGCGGUCCACAGGGAUGGCUUUGAUGAAGAUGACGGGCAUCGAGGGUGUCAGCUCCUUCAGGCGUGCAUCAGUGAUAACACCAGUCUGAGUAUCCCAGCGAGCACCUGCAGCAGGAAAAAGCUCUUGAAACUGUGGCCUGCCGCUUCAUUCCAGAGGGUGCUUAGUUUGCAGCAAGUGCUAAAGAAGAAAGGGAGCCCAGCUCUGUCCACCUUGUAUCUUUAGCUGCAUGGCUAAAGGCUAGAUGCCUUGGCUUGGGUGUGCCUUUGGUGCCAUCUCAGUAACAUACUCAUGCAUUUGGCAGUGUUUUGAACAUAAUCUGAGAAGCCGAAUUCAAGCUCUGCCCUUGUUUUCUGCCUGCAACAAGGUUACGCUCAGUGUUCCUUUAUUACAGAAAGCUGUGUACUCUUCCGCCUGCAAGUCCCUUGGUUUUAGCCCGUUAGGCAAUAGAAACAUAAGCCCAUUGCUUAUACUUGGCUAAGAGCAAGAAAUGGUGGGGCUUCUUUAGCAAUAAUAGUUACUAGGGAGAAACUGACAUUUCUCAUACAUAUUACAUUCCAAGUCUUACCCACAUUUAAAAACAAGGGAGAUUUGAACCAACUCCAUUAAGCCAUUACCUUUGUUGCUCUUACAAUGUCAGUCAAUGCUAAGGACGAUAAAGUGGGCAUCUGCUGCCCUCUGCUGACACGUUAACAAUUAGUGAAAUAAAAAAUGGCAGCUAUUCAAACUGUUUCUGUCUUGUUGCUUUCCAGUCAAGUGUUGUGCUAUGCCAAUACAGCUCUAUCCUUAGUUGAGCCUGGAAGUACUUUGGGAGAAGACAUAUUCCUCCAUUUCUGGCUGGGAGAAGCCCAGAAUUUGCACAACUGAACACACCCAGCAGUACUUCAUUCUUCUGGCAGUCUACCUUUCUCCUUUGCAAAUGCAUUUUGACACUCAAGGACUAGUAGACCUUGUUCACAAAGAAGCUCCUCUGUUUAUAAUGGCAUUGCAUGGGAUACAAAUGAGAAGGUUGGGGAAUAGGUAGCUUACACAGGACCAGAGUCCCAAAGUGAAGCCUAGGGCCAGAUAGUAGCUCUUAAAGAAGACAAGCAGGAGAAUAAGCUUCCCCCCCCCCCCUCCAUCAGGCCCAGAAAAUAAAAGUGCAAGGGGCCACAGAUUAGGUCAAAGCAGAAACUGCUUGCCCUUGUACU